GAAAAUUGUAAAUAUUGCAUAUUUUGCACAAUAAUUAUUAAAUUAUAAAUAAUAAUUAUUCUAAUAUAAAUAAAAUUGUAUCAUUCUAUUGUUAAUAUAAAAGAUCUGCGCGAUGGAUACUGAUAAUUUAACAAAACAGAUAGAAGAAAUAGGAGCACUGAGCUCAAUUUACGGUGAAGAUUGGGUUAUAGAGAGUGAAGCCACUAGAUCGUAUAAAAUUAAUGUAAGAGAUAAUAAUAAUGAAGUAAUCCUGUAUGUUACCUUAAAUGAAGGAUAUCCUAGUAAAAAUCCACCAAAGUAUGAACUUUCAGCUCCUUGGAUGGACAGAAAGGCAAAGGAAAAUCUUCAUUACUGUUUAGAUGAAAUUUAUUUAGAGAAUUUAGGUGAAACAGUAAUAUUCCAAUGGGUUGAAAAAAUAAGGGAAGUUUUACAAACAAUAAAACCUUUAGAACCUAAGAAAGAUGUGAAAACCUGCAUAGAAAAAACAUUAGAUUUUUCAGAGCUAGAAAUAAACUGCCCAAAUAUCACACAUGGUGAGGUGAUCAUUGAUAGGAAGAGUUCAUUCCAAGGUCACGCGGCUGAAGUUCAUAGUACAGAAGAUGUAAGUGCAGUGUUAGCGAAACUCAAACAGAAUAAAAAAAUAUUAAAUGCAACACACAACAUGUAUGCCUACAGGGUAGAAAAAAAAACUGAUAAGGGAAUAACCAUGUUGCAAGACUGUGAUGACGAUGGAGAGGCUCAUGCCGGGGGCCGGAUGCUACAUUUAUUACAAAUAUUGGACCAAAAGAAUACAUUAGUGGUUGUAUCUAGAUGGUACGGCGGUAUACAAUUAGGUCCAGAUAGAUUCCGUCAUAUCAACAAUGCGACUCGGCAAGUCAUUCAACAAGCUGGACUAUUAAAGAAAUGACAGAUAUAGGGAUACAAAUGAUAGCAUACAUACAGGGAACAGAUAAUAAAAAAUCACAUUAUGUAAAAACUUCUCCUAAAAUAUUAUACAAUGUAAUCCCCA